UCUAUUACUUCACGAUUUUCAACCAAAAGUAAAUUUUCAGAGUUUUGUAUGGCCGAGGAUGAACGGCCGGAAUCCGAAGGUGAUCGAGAGAUGUCGGAAUCUGAGUCAGAAACUGAACUCGAUCCUGUCGAGUAUGAAAAGCGACGCGAUCUGUGUCUUCGUCAGAUAAUACUAGCUGAAAUCCAGUUCAACAAGCUGAAAAUCGUGCUUCGAGAUUUGAAAGUCAGACAGUUGAUGAGACGGCGGCAAGAUGUCCUGAAUCAAACAGACCCCGAGUUUAUAGCUAAACAACGGGAGCUGCUGGAAGAGUGCAAUGCCCGUAAUAAGCUCACAGAGACUAUACGCUGCCUUGAAAUGGAUUCACUUGAGCGGCGAACUAUUGGUUUGAAGAAAAUCGCUGAAUCCAAUCAGGACGAUAACAAGCUUAUCGCGCAGGAGAGGCUUCGUAAUCAACUUUUGAACGAAAUCAGAAUCGAGAGAGCUCGUCAAAUCCAAGAGAAGAUUGCACAGUCAUAUUUUUUGGAUCAGCGAUUUGACCUAAAGAGGGAUUUCCCGAGUAUAAACGACUCCGAAAUUGUUGCAAAACGGCGAAGAUUGAGCGUGCCAAUCAUCAUCCAUCAACUCAGCCAAAAGCAAAUCGACGCCGAUGUGCGUUCUGCAGAGUUGGCUGUUCUCAUUGCUGGCGUCAAGGAAGAAAUGAGGGAAGCAAGUAAAGUUUGAAUUUUUGAUUUUGUAAAUCUUGAGCUCAUUCCAUAUGAAUUAUGCUUUUUAUCGUUUAUGCCAUUUGAUCUCAAUGAUUAUUGAUAUUUUUCCAUUUUUUGUCAACCUCAGCUAUUGUUCCUUCCUCAUUGCUAUAUUCACUUAUCUCGAUAUAAAUUGCAUUUAUAAGAAGACUAAAAUAAAUAUCUCGC